GAAUUGUUCCGGCAGUUCCAGUGCGGCGGGGACUCGGCCCUCCCCCCGGACGCGCUGCGACGGGCGCUGGCCGUCACCUUCUGCAACCAGCAGCGAUUCCAGCUGGGCUGCAUGGAUGACGCCGCCGAGUGCUUCGGAUCGAUCCCACAUUCCGGCCCUCGAGAGCCUGGGAUCGUUUUCUUUUCUGUCCCUGAGGAGAUGCUGGCAUUGAAAGACGUCGCGAUAAAAAUCUGGGAACUGCCAGAAGAUAAGAAACGAUAUAUAUGUGGAAUUGCUCGGGUCUCCGACCCCGAGGCGGACAAUGCGGGAUUCAUCCCCGCGGAGAACAUAUUGCUCCGGAUCCACUCGCACAUCGCCCUGGGCGAGCGGGAGGACGCGUGCCAGGCGGCCCACUGCAUCCCCCACCAGCGCUUCGCCGUCAGCCUGGUGGAGCAGAGCGUGUGCGAGGUGUGCGGGGCGACGAGCGAGCCGCUCCCCUUCAACCAGAUGGUGCACUACGUCUCCGCGUCUGCCCUGACGGCGCAGGUCACUCCCGGCUACCACCAGUCCACAGCUCACCCGGACCCGGACAGCUUCGGGCAGCUGCUGAGGCGCGCCGGCGGCAUGGGGGACAUCCGCGAUUGCCCU